AGAAACCGCGGGGAAUAUAAAGAAAAUAAAUAUUAUUUGUUUGAAAGGCCAACUUUAGGUAUUUUCUCUCUCUAAAACACACAGAAAAACACAACCCUCUUUUCUAAAAACUCCGAUUAGGGUUUCCGGGGCGCCGCUUCUGAUUUUUAUCCGAUCGAGAGCGAACUCUACUGUCGAUAUCUCUGCCGCAUCGUAUUUAUUCAUCAGAUAAAUUAUGGCUAUGGAAGUCACCCAGGUCCUUCUAAGUGCACAAUCAGUUGAUUCAACCGUAAGGAAGCAUGCCGAAGAAACUCUUAAACAGUUCCAGGAGCAAAACCUUCCUGUUUUUCUGUUAUCUCUUUCAGCAGAACUUGCUAGUGAGGAGAAGCCAGUUGACAGCCGUAGACUAGCAGGUCUGAUUCUUAAAAAUGCUCUGGAUGCAAAGGAGCAGCACAGAAAGUACGAGCUUGUGCAGAGGUGGUUAUCAUUGGAUGUAGCUGUGAAGAGCCAGAUCAGGGCGUACUUGUUACAGACCCUCUCUUCUACUGUAUCUGAUGCUAGGUCAACUGCAUCGCAAGUCAUUGCUAAGGUUGCAGGCAUUGAACUGCCGCAGAAGCAGUGGCCUGAGCUCAUAGGAUCCCUCUUGUCAAAUGUUCACCAGGUCCCUCCUCAUGUUAAGCAAGCUACCCUGGAAACUCUGGGGUAUAUAUGUGAAGAAGUUUCUCCAGACGUUAUCGAGCAAGAUCAAGUAAAUAAGAUACUUACGCUUGUGGUUCAAGGCAUGAAUGCAAACGAAGCUAAUAUCGAUGUCAGGCUUGCUGCAACCCGAGCUUUAUACAAUGCUCUUGGAUUUGCCCAGGCUAACUUUUCCAAUGAUAUGGAGCGGGAUUACAUCAUGAGAGUUGUCUGUGAGGCCACUCUUUCUCCGGAAGUGAAAAUUAGACAGGCUUCCUAUGAGUGCUUGGUCUCUAUUGGAUCAACGUAUUAUGAGAAAUUAGCUCCAUACAUACAAGACAUUUUCAACAUCACAUCCAAGGCUGUUCGGGAAGACGAGGAACAGGUUGCUCUUCAAGCAAUUGAAUUUUGGAGCUCUAUUUGUGAUGAGGAAAUUGAUAUUUUGGAAGAGUAUGGGGGUGAUUUUACAGCAGAUUCCGAUGUUCCAUGCUAUUACUUCAUCAAGCAGGCACUCCCUGCGCUUGUCCCUUUGUUAUUGGAGACACUUCUUAAGCAAGAAGAAGAUCAGGAUCAGGAUGAAGGUGCUUGGAAUCUUGCAAUGGCUGGUGGAACUUGCCUCGGUUUGGUGGUGCGGACUGUGGGUGAUGACAUUGUACCACUUGUCAUGCCAUUUAUUGAAGAAAAUUUAUCAAAAGAGGAUUGGAGGCGUAGAGAAGCCGCAACUUAUGCAUUUGGUUCCAUUUUGGAAGGCCCUUCACCUGACAAAUUAACCCCUAUUGUAAAUGUUGCUUUGAAUUUCAUGCUCACAGCAUUGACUAAAGAUCCAAGCAGUCACGUGAAGGACACAACUGCCUGGACCCUCGGGAGAAUAUUCGAAUUUCUACAUGGUUCAGCAGUGGAGAAUCCUAUAAUUACCCCGUCAAACUGUCAGCAGAUAGUCACAGUUCUUCUUGAGAGCAUGAAAGAUGCCCCAAAUGUUGCCGAGAAAGCAUGUGGUGCUCUCUAUUUUCUAACCCAAGGCUACGAGGAUUUGGGCUCAACAUCACCAUUGACACCUUAUUUCCAAGAUAUUGUCCAGUGCCUUCUUAAUGUCACUCAUAGAGAAGAUGCCGCGGAGUCACGCCUGAGGUCGUCUGCCUACGAGACACUAAAUGAAGUAGUGAGGUGUUCAACUGAGGAAACUGCUCGCUUGGUGUUGGAACUUGUUCAGGUCAUCAUGCAAGAGCUCCACAAGACUCUCGAGGCUCAGAAACUUUCGUCUGAUGAGAGAGAGAAACAGAAUGAAUUACAAGGCCUUCUUUGCGGGUGCUUACAGGUCAUCAUCCAGAAACUAGGGGUAUCAGAAGCCACCAAGUUUGCCUUCAUGCAGUACGCAGAUCAGAUAAUGAGUCUUCUUUUAGGAGUUUUUGCCUGUAGAAGUGCCACUGUCCAUGAGGAAGCGAUGCUUUCCAUUGGUGCACUUGCCUAUGCAACAGGUCCAAACUUUGCGAAGUACAUGCCUGAUUUUUACAAGUAUUUGGAGAUGGGUCUUCAGAAUUUUGAGGAAUACCAAGUUUGUUCUGUCACUGUUGGUAUUGUGGGUGACAUCUGCAGGGCAUUGGAGGAUAAGAUUCUGCCUUACUGUGAUGGGAUAAUGACUCAGCUUCUAAAAGACUUGUCGAGCAACCAGUUGCACCGAUCUGUGAAGCCUCCAAUCUUUUCAUGCUUCGGAGACAUAGCACUAGCAAUUGGCGAGAAUUUUGAGAAGUAUUUGAUGUAUGCGAUGCCAAUGCUGCAGAGUGCUGCAGAGUUGUCUGCUCACACUUCAGGUGCUGAUGAUGAAAUGAUUGAAUAUACUAAUCUCUUAAGGAACGGAAUCUUAGAGGCAUAUUCUGGGAUAUUCCAGGGAUUCAAGAACUCUCCCAAAACACAACUCCUGAUUCCAUAUGCACCCCACGCCUUGCAAUUCCUGGAUAGCAUUUACAUGGAGAAGGAUAUGGAUGAUAUUGUGAUGAAAACUGCUAUUGAAGUACUUGGAGAUCUAGCAGAUACUUUGGGCAGUAAUGCCGGUUCUCUGAUUCAGCAAUCCAUGUCAUGCAAAGACUUCUUAAAUGAAUGUUUGUCUUCGGAGGACCACUUGAUCAAGGAAUCUGCUGAGUGGGCCAGGUUGGCUAUUAGCCGUGCUAUAUCCGUUUAAGGUUGUGUACACGCUCGUGCAUAUAACUUUUACCUUGCAUACAUGCAUAUGGGGUGGGGUGGGGUGGGGUCGGGUCGGGCAUGGGCCAGUGUCGGGGUCCGCGUUGUACAACAGUCGUGUCAUGACCAUUUUCAGACAACAUAAGCAUACUUGUUCUUGUUGUCAACUAACUCAUGCAUAAGCAUCAUCGAGUCGGGUUCUAAUUUGGGGUGGGGUGGGGGGUUGGGGGUGGGGGUAGUCGGUGAUGGGGGCUUCUCGGAUUCAUCCUUGACGACCGAUAAAUGGAAGUGUCGUUGUUGGUGAAUGGGCUAAAUGGGCAAAUUACGCUGGGAUGCUUAAUCAGGCUUGUUCAUAAUGUAACAGGCCUGAAGUCAGCUUUGGGGGGCCCACAUUGUUGUAAACAAAUUUUGAUCUCGUGAUCCUUGGGAGGUCACAGCUACCCUGCCAUUAUUUUUUCUUUCAUACUCAUAAUUUUUUUUCCCAUCAUAUUUUUCAUGUCAGGUCCGAGUCUUCAUAGUCGGUCAGAUACAAUCUCGUUUCAUUUUCCAGUAAAAUGGCAUGUGGUUGUUGUGUCAUCAUAUUUUUUAGUUAGGACAUUACAUUUGCAUUUUUUUGUUCAUCAUGGUUAGUCGUUAGGUUUUCACAAGUCAUUUUGAGUCGAUUUUUGAGGAAGAUGCUCUUGCCAGCUAUUUUCUGCUGGCACAACAGUUUAUUUAAUUCCCCUUAAAACAUUUCCUUUUGAACAUGUAAUCUAUAUUUUGUUUGACUUCUCAAACAGUGGGAUAUUUUGGAUUUUGGGUUUGUCAUGAAAUUGCGAUGACAUCGAAGAAUAGGAUUGAAACACUUGUUGUCAAUAGGCAAAUGUAUUCGUGGCCUCUGGUAUUUAUCUCUUAUCUUAUGCUCUGUAAAGUUUAUGUUUAUAAAUCAUGGUUCGUUACGACAGCCGGUUUUAUGUAUUAUUUAUUGCUUA